AUGGGAAAGCUAAGCCCCGUGGGGCCGAAGCUGGGACACUACUACGGCGCGCAGAGGGAGGCCGCGCGACCGCAGCUGCUCUCUCCAGGCGCUUAUCAGGCCUCGUCGCCUCUCCCGUCGUUGCGAUGCUGCCACGCAAGCCAUGCUUCUUCUGCCCUUCCCAUCCCGCCGCGGACCACGUCAGCGACGGCGGCGGCUAAUCAGGGCGAUCCACGUGGCAGCGGGCGCAAGAAACUGCGCCCGUGUCUCUCCGCCCCACCCCUGUACAUAUCUUCCUAUUUCUAUAAAAACGUCGUAGCGCCUCUGCGCUCCGCCCGUUCCCCCUCCGCCCGCUCUGCCGGUUCCCCGCACUCUCCCGGACCUCCCCCUUUCCGCCGCGCCUCCUCCUCCUGCUCGUCCGCUUCUUCCGCCAACUGCAAGCAGGGGAAUUCUUCCCGCUUGCCCCCCCUACUCCCCGCCUCCCCGCGACAUCCUUCCGCCUCUUCCCCGCCCUCCUCCCCGUUUCUCUCCCGCUCCCCCUCCUUCCUCCCCAGAUCUUCGUCUCUCUCCUCCGCUCUUUCCUGCCCCUCCCCCCACUCCCUCUCCUCCCCCUCCUCUCUCCCCCCCUCCCCCGCGCUCGCAUCCCCGCUUUCUACCCGUCCGCGGACGUCGUCCGGCAAGACGGCCGGCGGAAAAACCGGCGCCGGCAAAGUGGAAGCGCGCGCCCUGCGCUCAGGACUCCCGGCGGCUAGCCGGCGGUCGCGCCGGCAACCGGCUGACGACGAAGAGGAAUAUUUUUAUUUCCUGCCCGAUGUUGAGGACGAUUGGGAGGAGGAAGAGGCGGUGCAGAGGCACCGGCGGGAGGGGCAGCGGUGGCGGGGGGACAUCGGCGGGGAGGCGCAGGGGAAGCCCGCGGAUGCGGAGCGGGGGGAGCUGGGGGGAAGCGCGGGGUAUGGGAUCGGAUCUGGGACUGGGAGUCCGUAUGAUAGCAGCGGCAAUGGCGGCAAUAUGGGCGGCGGUGUUGCCGGUGGUAUCGGCGAUGGGGAUGGGUUGAGCAGCUAUGGGCAAUACCAGGAGUUACAUCAACACGCGUUUCAUCAAUCGUUACAGUAUCAACAGCAGCAGCAGCCGCAAAACUGGCAGGUGGCGCAGUGGAGUGUGAAGGCGUUGAGAGCGGUGAAGGACAACAUGGCGCUGUCUCUGCCGCCCGAGUCGCUCAUUCUCGUUGUCUCGUGCCUUGUGGGCGUGUUGACUGGCUCGUCCGUGGUGCUAUUUAAUGAUACGGUGCACAUUAUCAGAGACACUUUGUUCCAGAACGUGCCUCACGAGGAGGGCUCCGCGUGGCUGAGGGACCAACCGGUGGGCGACGUGUGGCACCUCUUCCUGGUGCCUCUGGCGGGCGGCAUUGCCGUUGGCAUCCUCAACUCGCUCCGAUCGGGACUCAAGGAUACCGCUCCCACCCGCACGCAGCAGCAGCAGCGCCAGCGACAGCAGCAAGAGGAGGAGGGAGCAGGGCAGCAAAUAAUGUCACCCAAGCAACGAGCCUUCUCCCUGCCGUUUCUCACCCCGGACGACGUCUCCGAGCUUAACCGGAAGGCUCGGGCCGUGGCUCGGCCGGUCCUGAAAGCCCUGGCGGCAGCGGUCACGCUCGGCACAGGAAACAGCCUCGGUCCGGAAGGCCCGAGCGUGGAAAUCGGGUCCAGCAUCGGCAAGGCCACAGGAAGCAUCGUCCGGGGAAGCCGUGAGCGCACGAUUGCACUCGUAGCAGCGGGAUCCGCCGCGGGUAUUGCAUCGGGGUUCAACGCUGCGGUUGCGGGUUGCUUCUUUGCUCUGGAAUCCGUCCUUCGGUCGUCCACGCAAGGCUCCCCUGCGAGCCUCACCACGGCUAUGAUCCUCCUGUCUUCUGUGCUUGCCGCGGUGGUGUCCCAGGCUGGUUUGGGUGCAGACCCAUCAAUCCACGUGCCCUUAUACGAGCUACGAUCGCCGGCGGAGCUGCCGCUGUAUCUGCUGCUUGGGUUGUGCUGCGGUGGGGUGUCUAUCUCGCUCACGCGCUCGGCGGCGUUCUUCUCGUCGAUGUUUGAUGGGUUGGAGGCGAAUACGAACGUGCCGCCUGUGCUGCUGCCGGCGAUCGGAGGGCUGGGGAUCGGGGUGAUCUCGCUGGUGUAUCCCGAGGUGCUCUACUGGGGGUUUCAAAACGUGAAUGAUCUCAUCACGUCACACCCACUCGUGGCUUCCCCUGCGCCAGGGUUCCUGCUGCAACUCGUGGUGGUCAAGGUCCUCGCCACGGCCUUCUGUCGCGGGUCUCGCCUCGUGGGCGGCUUCUAUGCGCCCUCGCUCUUCAUCGGGGCGGCGCUUGGGGCGGCGUACGGGCGGCUGGCCAGUGAUGUGCUGGCGUUUAUUGACCCGGACCUAACCUUCACGUGGAUCCAAGUGGCCGCCCCUCAGGCCUAUGCUAUGGGUCUCUCGCACGGCUAUCUCCCUGACGUCGCCUCACAAUCUGAUGUGCUGGCGCUUGUUGACCCGCGUUUAACCCUCAAGUGGAUCCAAGUGGCCGGCCCCCAGGCCUAUGCUAUGGUGGGAAUGGCGGCUACGUUAGCGGGAGUGUGCCAAGUUCCCCUGACCUCCGUCCUCCUCCUAUUCGAGCUCACACGCGACUACCGCAUCAUUCUGCCGCUCAUGGCAGCAGUCGGCAUCUCCUCCUGGCUCGCCUCCACUGCCGCCAGAAAGCCCACAUCUCCUCUCACCCCUCUCAACCACAUCAUUCCCCUCAUUCCCUGUGUGCGUCCUCCCAACCUGCUUCUCCUGUGCGCCUCCCCUCCACCCCACCUACCCCCCAACCCCCAUCAGGUGGGCAUGGCGGCAACCCUGGCAGGAGUGUGCCAGGUGCCACUCACCUCAGUGCUCCUCCUAUUCGAGCUCACACGGGACUACCGCAUCAUUCUGCCGCUCAUGGCAGCAGUCGGCAUCUCCUCCUGGCUCGCCUCCACUGCCGCCAGAAAGCCUCGAAGACCUCAACCAGGCGGCGUCACCGUCUUUUCUCCCUCCAACCCCCCCUCCUCCUCCUCCUCCUCCUCAUUCCCUUCCUCCCCUCCUUACUCCUCUUCCUCCCCUUCCUCCUCCUCUCCCUCCUCCUACCCAUACCCGACUUCGUAUUAUCCCAGCUCCUAUGCUCCUGGUGCUCCUGCUGCUGAAGCUUCUCCUGACGCUGCUGCUGCUACUCGUCCUCCCUACAUGGCUUCUCAGGCCCCUGCUGCCCCUCUUCCUUCCUACGCACCGUCUCAGUUCCCCGGUCCUUAUCCAGGGGCACUUUAUCCGGGGGAUAUUUAUUCUGGGUCCGGGUCUUGGGCUUCGGCGUACAUGCCGGAGCUAGAUCUAGCUGCGGAAGUGGCUGCCGAAGCUGCAGGCGUGGCUGCCGAAGCUGCAGCCACGGCUGCCGAAGCUGCGGUGGAAGCAGCAGCGGAAGCAGCCGAAGCUGAUAACGCUGGUCUUUCAACAACCGAUGGUAAUCCUGCCCUUCCUCCCACCGCUGCUACUGCUCCUUCUGCUCCUCCGGCCAAUCCGCUCAUGCCAGCUGUCAUACUAGACGUGGCAGGUGGGUCGGGAGGAGGGGUUUCGUCAGGUGGUUUCUCAGGUGGUUCAGCAACAGCCAUGGCAGAGUCAAAUGCGACUGUGAUAGUACUCGAGAGAGCAAGCGGUUUGGUACCCGACCCCCUACCCUCUUCUCCCCUUCCUCCUCCUGCAACCUCUUCUCCCUUGUCAGUCAGUGGGCAAGGUACGGCUGCUGCUGCUCCUCUGUCUUCCCCUUCAGAAGCCGAGGAAGCUCAGGCUGAUGCGGCCGCAGCAGGAGUGGCAGCGGCAGCAGCGGUGGCGGCAGCUGCAGCAGUUUCGGUGGUGGUGGACGCAGCUUCGGGGUCAGUUGCUGCAGCAGCAACAGCAGCAGCUGCAGCAACGGCAGCUGCUGCAGCAGCAGCAGUAAGCGCUGCGACGGGACUUGCACCUGCGACAGGAACAGGUGGAAGUCCAUUGGAGCCAGGAUCCACUCAAGUGGGUGCUAGCCCUGUCCAAAAGCAGGAAGCAGCAGCAACAGCAACAGCAGCAGCAGCAGCAGAACCAGCAGCUGAAGUGGAAACAGACUCUAGAAUCGAGGGCCCAGAGGGAAGCAACUACGGGCUCUCACAAGAGACCCCAUCUGCUGGCUCCUUCUCUCCUUCUCCCGACCUCCCAACCCCAGACCUCCCUCCUCUUCGAAUCCCAUCCCCCACCAACCCCCAGUCCGGCUUCAUGGCUCCUUCCCAACCCAACUCUCCUCCGUCUGCUGCUCCACCCUCCUCCCCGUCGUUCGCGCCGCUCCCGCCGCCGCCUCCCCUGGUUGUCGUCUCGCGCGACGACGGCGUGUCACUGGAUGUGCGAGACGGAGUGUUUUUAGAGGAGCAGCUCUUAGAGGAGUUGCCGGUGGCAGUAGCAAUGAACACCUCCUUUGCAGCAGUGGGAGUGCGAGCCAUGGUGCGAGAUGCUGUGGCAUCUAUGGUGGCGCACAGGCAGUGGUGCUGCUUGGUGCUGCAGGACGGGGGUUAUCUGCAUGGGCUGCUGACGCUGGUGGAUGUUCAGGAGGAGGCGGAGAGGCAGCUUACCGCUGGGGGAGCUUCUGCUGACGUGGAAUCUCUUCCUGUUAUUGCCAUCUGUCACCAGCAUCCUGACUCUGACGCUUUCCUCCGCUUCCCUUCAGAAUCAAAUCAAGAUGCCAAUGGCAACCCUUCGUCCUCUUCCUCGUCUGGCAUUGCCGCCCGGAGCCGGCCGUCUGAGGCCAUAGAGAGUGGUUCGGAUGGGGACCACGUCCGCAACAACGAUGAUGACGUGGCACCUGUAGUGCGUCUUCGGGUGCUGGGGUUGGUGGAUCGAGACGACAUCUCGCUUGCUUGCAGGGCGGAGGCCACUCGUCGCCUGCUCUCAGCCCUCCCUCGAGAUUUCCGUUCCUCUGGUGGUGGAGGCAGUGGGAGUGCGGGCAUGCAGCAGACACAGCUUGACAGCUCUCUCUUCCCAGCCGCCUGA